UACGUAAUCUACCAGGUGAUCAGCGACAAUACCACGCAGCGCAACGCGGUCAACAUGGACGCGUUACCACUGUCCUUCCGGGUGCUGGCCACGGUCCUCCACGCCCUUAUUUUCUUGUUGGGGGCCGUCGGCAACACCCUGCUGAUUGUCGUGGCCAGGAAGAGUGUGCGGCUGCGGACACCGACCUAUACGUAUCUGGUGUCGUUGGCCUAUGCCGAUUUGCUAGUAAUCUGGUGCGCCAUCCCCGAAGCGAUCCUCUCCUACCACAUCGGCAACCGUUGGAUCUUCGGCCAAGGACCCUGUGCCAUCUUCAUCUUCCUCAACUUUCUCGGCAUCAACGCCGGAAGUCUCAUAAUGCUGGCCUUCACCGUGGAGCGCUACCUCGCCACCUGCCAUCCCUUCCACGCCCGCUUCCUCUGCACCGUCUCGCGCACCAAACGCGUCAUCUGCGGCGUGUGGACGGUGGCCCUGGUCUACUGCGCCCCCUGGCUGGGCCUCACCGAGGUCAAGCAGGACGAGUUCAAUCCGCUGAUCGAGCAGUGCGGCUUCCGUCUGUCGGCCGAUGUGUACCUCAUCGUCUUCAUGGCGGAUCUGGUGCUGUUCUACAUCCUCCCGCUGAUGGCGGUCAUCAUCCUGUACACCAAAAUCUGCUUGAUGAUGAAGGAGAAACGGCCUGCGCGCUGUGAGAAUAUUUCUGCACACAAUGUGCGGCCGCCAUUGCAGCGGUCACUCCGAGUGCCGUCCACGGAGAGUCCGACGCACAAUUCCUCCACGGAGAGUGUUUACUCCCUGGCCAACAUUUACAGACGCUCCGCGCCGGUACCGAAAAUGCUGAUUGUGGUGGUAGCCAUCUUCGCCAUCGCGUGGCUCCCCUACCGCGGUCUGCUGGUAUACAACAGUUUCGUGGAAGAGCCCUGGCUGAACAUCUGGUACGUCCUGUUCGCCAAGACCGCCAUCUACCUCAACAGCGCCAUCAAUCCGCUCCUCUACAACAUCAUGAGCGCCCGAUUCCGGGACGCGGUUAAAGAGUACUUGGGCUCAUCGAAAGCUACAAUGGACGGCGCCAGUAUUCGCGGUCUUCGCGUCGGAACGACCGAAGUCAUCCGCGCAGCGGACCCGGUACAACACCGUCCGGCGCCGGAUGCCCGCCAGAAGCUAGUGGUGACCUUUUCCAAUACCAGCUACCAGUCCAUGACCGUCCGCUAACUGAAUAAUCUGUCUAAUUAGCACACAUUGCCCAUUGCUUCCAGAUUGCUUUUUAUUCAGUAUUCGAAUAUUCAAUCAAAGAUUUCUCGACAGCGGCUAAUAACUGUUCAUGUAAUACGUAUCCGUCAGCAACAUGGUUUGAUUUUUCGGCCUCCGCAAUUUGCCAAAAAUUAGCAUGGUGAAGUGUUGUAAAAUUAGCAA